GCGCGACAGAUUUGUAGUUUACAUGAGAGCGAAAAAUCUGCAGUGAACCGGCUCAGCGCAUCCUUCGUACAGACCUUUUGAAAUCGAAAUAGAUUCUUCCUGUCGAUUUCACGCAAAUCGUUGACUGUAAUACACCGUUUCUGUUAAGUAUUUACUUUUUUCUCUGAACCGGAAGACCAUUAAGAAAUCAAAGUUCGCAAGGAGGUGACAUCUGGUUGCUCCACACCUGACUUCAUUGAAUGAGGACCAAUUAGCAAUUGUUUUGGUUCGAUACCCAUACAAAAUUAAACACGCCCAACUUUCAGUCGGAAGCAGCUGUACACAGUCAUUUAAAUCUGCAGGUUAACGGUUGUCAUUCUGGGCAGACAGUAGACAUCUUUCGAAGACAUUCGAAGAUGCAAUCCACUGCUGGAUAACAGGUGACGAGCUGGCGCAGGUCGUGGGUUGUCCGUGGAUAAUGCGAGACAGUGGCGGUAGCCUGGCCCAGAACCGCUGGCAGGGAGACCUGGGUCUGACUGCUGUGGGGCAGGACGACACAGGCGGAGGUGGGAUUCCAGGAGACCACCUCAUAGUCCCAGUGUCAGGCCACAGUGUACCCGGCCCCAUGCACCUCAGACUGGGGCAGAAAGAGAAGGUGUGGACGGGCGAGUAUGGAGACGAAGAGGAUAGGAUGGGUAGGAUUGAGGCAAUAGGUGAUGAGGAAGAAGAAAACAAUCUGGAUGGGGAGGAGAAGGGUGAGUUUGAGGGCAAGGGUUGGGAUAACAAUGAGGAGGAGGAAGAGGAGGAGGAAGAAGAAGAGGAGGAGAUAGUGGAAGAGGAAGGAGACCAGGCAGAGGUGGAGUGGGAGAUCCCAGACUUUACUUCCCAGUCCACCCAGCACCCUCAUUCACAACAACACCAACAUUAUGGACCACAACAGAAGCCAGAAGAAGGUGGUGAUGUCACUGUAGAGGAUACUGUCUCCCAGCCCAAAGCAGGGGACUUGUUCAGGUCCCACCUCAGCAGGUACAGGGCUCUGAGGAGGCUCAGGCGCUGGCAGCGUUUGCGAUCCUAUGGAGGCCUGGGAUUUCGGCUCACCCAGCACUGGAAGAGCUGGCGCCAACGGGCCCAGUUGGUAUGCUCCCAAGGGCACUGGUGGAGCCGGAGAGGGCGAAGGUACAAUCUGUACGGUAAGCAGAAGAAGAUAAAGCGGUAUCAGCAAUCUCCAUACACCGAUGGAGAGGAUGACGGCAAUGAACAGAGGUUCACAGAGUCUGAGAGAGCAGAUAAACAUUUAAAUGGCUGUUCUCCAGACAAGCAAGAAGACAGAGGGAGACGGGAAGGGGAGGUCAAACCGGUGGAGCUGGCCCUUACUGAGGAACACAUGAGUUGCGUGACUGGUAUUCUUGAAGAGUCUCUACAGCACUAUGGCAGUUUGAUUCCCAUCCAUGUGGAUGACAUCGUGGAAAAGCUUCAGGACAUCUUCAAUGAGAGCUUCUCACAGCCACACAGGAAAGCAGUGGUCCAGCACCUAAUACAAUCCUUCCAGCGUUCGUCGGGAUCAGCCCUGGCUAAAACAUUCAGAGUCAACUACAAACGCCAUGUUCUGACCAUGGAUGACCUGGGAACUCUGUAUGGACAGAACUGGCUCAACGACCAGGUUAUGAACAUGUAUGGUGACCUGGUCAUGGACUCCGUGCCAGAGAAGGUUCACUUUUUCAACAGCUUCUUUUAUGAUAAGCUAAGGACAAAAGGCUAUGAAGGAGUCAAACGAUGGACGAAAAAUGUUGACAUCUUUCAGAAGGAUCUGUUGUUGAUCCCCAUACACUUGGAGGUGCACUGGUCGCUGGUCAGUGUUGACAUUCCGCGUCGAGCCAUCACUUACUUUGACUCUCAGCGGACCCUCAACAGACGCUGCCCAAAGCACAUUUUUAAGUAUCUGCAAGCGGAGGCCAUCAAAAAAGACCAGCAAGACUUUUUGACAGGAUGGAAAGGCUUUUUCAAAAUGAAUGUGGGUCGUCAAAACAACGACAGUGACUGUGGGGCUUUUGUGCUACAGUAUUGCAAGUGUCUGGCACUAGGGCAGCCAUUCAGCUUUGGCCAGCAGGAUAUGCCCCGGCUGAGGAGGCAAAUGUACAAAGAACUGUGUCACUGCAAGCUCACCCUGUGACCCAUCACUCCCACCCCAGCCCGCCAUCUCCACCUGCUCCCACCCCUGACCCUAACAAGAUGGAGGGACAAUGAUGUAACAAGGAGAGGACAAGGGGAGCAAAUGAUUGACUGGAAAAAGAGAAACUUUUCAAAAACUUUAUUUUUCUCUGCCAACAUCCAGAGAAAGUACUUCUUCUGUUGUAGGUGAUGUCAUUGUUUCGCUUUGUUUUGUCUCUUUACUUCCCUCUCUCCACCCUUUGAAAACUGAUUUAAUUUCCAUGUCAUUGUUAUUCCUUUGUGGUUGACAGAGGCCAAGACUAGCUAGCUUCCAUUUUAGGAAUGUGCUAAUCUUCCAACCUAUCGUAGUCCACUUGUGUUUUUCAAUUUGAAUGGGAGCAUGAAGAAGAUCGUGAAGAUAUCUAAAUAAUCCAGUCCAGAUGAGGGGUUGGACAGUUAGUCAAACCUGACUACUGCAUUCACGUAAGAUGUCUGAACACUGAGUGCAGAGGUAGCGUGGUUGGAUGGCAAAAUUAUUAGAACCAGUCUGCUUGUUGUUAAAUUGUACCCAUGGAUUUCCAUGCCUUCAAUCCAUCCAGUCCAUACAGCAUGUUGUGUUCCAUUCCAGAUGUCAAAAGUAUGAAACUCUGACCCGACGUCUUUGGAAAAACAAGGAAAAACACCUAACAUAAAAGAAACUCCUCCAUGCUACAGCCAAUGUUUUGUUGAUGAUGCUAUCUAGUCAGCACGUAAUGUUUUCCAUUGUAGUGCAACGUGACAUUUCCAAUGUAUAAUAAUAUUUGAUUAACAUUUCCUACAAGACGUGUAGAUGUCAGAAUCAGAAUUUACACAACAUCCUUGGAACACACCACAUAUUUACCCCUUUGCUGGAAACUUCCUCUGCCUCCAUCACGCUUCCCAGUCAUACAAAUAGAAAAUCUUCAUGUGGGAGACUGGAUCUGCAUCUGUGGAUCACUGCCCAAACAAGCCAGAAUGACACAUUGGCCCAAAGAAGGGGUAUUUUUACAUUGCAUUAAUCUUUUUUUUCUGUGUUUUAUCUGUCAGUAAAUGUGUUGAUAUGCUUAUUGCUUUAAACAAAUGGUGUUAAAAGGAGGACUACUAAUUUGUUAUUUUCAGAGUAAGUAUAAAAGAGAUCCUCUGGUUAGUAUUCCUUUGAAAGUUCAGGAGUCAUUUUGGUGAGGACCAUGACUGCUACAUACAGAUCCAGUAUGUCCACAAUGGAAUUACAGUACCCUCCUCUUCUUUUUAUAACGAAAGACAGCUUUGUUGAUCGCUGUGUUUUUUGAAUUUUUUUUUUUUUUUCGAACAGGAGUUGAUGCAAAAGAGUUGACAGUUUUAUAUAUCUUCUACAAUGCAUUAUGGUUGCUAAAAAUAAAAAGACACGGCAAAUAA